CCCCACCCAGGUUUGUAACUAAAUGAUAUCCCGGACUGACAGCUUCAAAGCAGGCUCCAGAAUUAUCUCAAAGAACGCUCCCUCUGAGUGAGUACACCAUGGCUUUCCCCAAGUUCUUAUAUGCCGUGUGCAUUCUGCUUGUUCUUGCUGCUGCUCUCCUUCUCCAUUACAUUGGAAGUAACACCCCUCCGUUGCCUACACAGCUCAGGAAUCCAACAGCUUUCAAGAACCUAUCUACUACUACCCUCCCCAUGGCAUCCGGGAUGAAGACCGUGGCUUAUUUUGUCAAUUGGGCAAUCUAUGGUCGCAACUAUAACCCGCAGGAUCUCCCUGCGGAUAAGCUCACCCACGUUCUCUAUGCAUUUGCCAAUGUCCGUCCGGAUUCGGGCGAAGUCUACCUGUCAGACACCUGGUCCGACAUUGAAAAACACUACCCCACUGAUUCGUGGAAUGAUACGGGCAACAAUGUCUACGGCUGUGUUAAGCAGCUCUUCCUGUUGAAGAAGCAGAAUAGACAACUGAAGGUCCUGCUUUCCAUUGGAGGAUGGACCUAUUCUUCGAACUUUGCCCAGCCGGCCAGUACUGAUGCGGGACGCACUACCUUCGCUCAGACUGCUACCAAGCUCGUGACUGACCUUGGUUUUGAUGGCAUUGAUAUUGAUUGGGAGUAUCCCCAGAAUGACCAACAGGCACAGGACUUGGUGUCCCUCCUCCAGAAGUGUCGUGAGACACUGGAUGCCGCUGCAGGAGCGAAUCGCAAGUUCCUCCUGACCAUUGCUUGUCCCGCCGGCCCUGAAAACUACAACAAGCUUAGACUUCGGGAGAUGACGCCCUACUUGGACUUCUACAACCUCAUGGCUUACGACUACGCUGGUAGCUGGGAUACCAACGCUGGUCACCAGGCAAAUCUUUAUCCUUCCAGCGAUAAUGCCCAAUCAACCCCAUUCUCGACCAUCCAGGCCGUGAACCACUACGUCCGAGUUGGAGGCGUGCCAUCCUCCAAGAUCAUCUUGGGUAUGCCAUUAUACGGCCGUGCCUUUACCAACACCGAUGGCCCCGGAAGGCCUUUCUCUGGCGUCGGCGAGGGAAGCUGGGAACAGGGUGUAUGGGAUUACAAGGCUCUUCCACGGCCAGGAGCGACCGAGUACUUGGACACCAACAUUGGUGCCUCAUGGUCUUAUGAUGCGUCGACUCGCACUAUGAUCUCCUACGACACCGUCGGUAUGGGUGAGAUCAAAGUCAACUUCAUUAAGCAGCAUCAGCUCGGCGGUGGGAUGUGGUGGGAGACAAGCGGUGACAAGGGGGGCAAGACUGCAAAUAAAGCAGACGGCAGCCUGAUUGGGACCUUUGUUGAUGGUAUCGGGGGUGUUUCGGUCUUGGAUCAGUCUCAGAAUGCCAUCAGUUAUCCCGAUAGCCAGUAUGAUAACAUGAGGGCCGGUUUCCCUUAAGACAUUGUCGGGUGUUCAUUCAUUUGUGUCC